AUGUCGAACAAAACAAAAACUACCCGGGAGGGUCCCGCUUGCGGGGAAUCCCUUGGUGGGUCGGACAGCCGGCCCAUCGGCCCCAUUGUAUACGGGGGGGCCAUUCGCCAUGUGAGGGAGGAGAAGUUAGGAUCGGAUGGAGGAGAGAGGAUGGGAAGAUUAUCGGACUCGGAGGAGUCAGACAGCAGGAGCUCCAUGAUAAGCGUGUCCAGUCGCUUUGGCUCCAUGGAGUCUCUGGACCAUGACGGUCCAGGAAGGUACUGGAGUGAGGGACGCGGCCAGAAGCGGCCUAGAGACCUGGAGCUGAGUGGCAGCUCCACAGAUACCCCCGCUAAGGGGCGUAGCAAAAGGAGAGGACGAGGUCGCCCGCCAACUACUGGCGAAUAUGUCGGGCUGGCAGCAGCAAAAGAGUCCCUACGAAAGGCGACGGAAGCAGAGAUUAGGGCACGAGCCGAGGCGGAGCUCCUUGAGUCAGUGGUAGAAGCCCGCAAGACUCGCUCGAUCCUGGCUAUCGCAGGCUCAUCACAUGAUGCGAGAACUGCAGAAAACGAAGACACGGCGACUACCGUCCUCAAGCGGAUCGAGACCAGUCUCGAAGUCGUCGAGAAGGUGGCAAAAAAGUCAUCUAAUCUUAAAGGAACUUUCGUACGCGCUCUACACGACGCCGUAAGUGCGAUAAAAGAAGACGUCGCUGGCCUGGCGCAGAGGUCGACAUCCGAGGAGACGCGUGCCUUGCAGGCUGACAACACCCGCCUGCAAGCCGAGAUGUCCAGCCUCCGCAAGGAGCUGGCUGACAUACGCCAGGAGAUGGAGCAGGCGCGGAAACAGGGGUCCGCCAACGCCUGCAUGGAGGUGACGACGGAAGCCGUCCCUGUCCGGCCCCCGGAAACACGAACAGAAUCCUCCCUAGAGGACAUCUGCCGGGCGGUGAUGAUCCAGGUGGGCGGUAUGCUGAAUGCCCGCCUGGCUGCCUUGGAGGACAGGCUGCUUCCUGAGAGAAACCUGCGGCCAUCAUUGGCGUCUGACAGGAAAAAGGAAGCCCGCACAUUUGCUGCUGCAACCGCGAAGCCCACGCCUGCACCAGCCCCGGAUGCUAGGGAAACAGUUGGAAUUGAAGAGCCCUCGGUGCCAUCUCAACCCGGCCCCAGCGGACUCACGCGCCAAGCGCCCACGGUGCAGCCCAAAAAGGGCAAGAAAGCCUCCAAAAAAGGAGCGCUUAAAAAGAAGAAAACUCGGCCGACGACUGGCGUGAACCUGAGGUCCUCCCCCGUCGCCCCCGUAACAUCAUCAAGUGCCCUUCCUCCCCGCCCUCUUAAUCCGGACGCGCUUGAGGAAAAUUGGGUAACGGUUGGGAGAAAUGGAAAGGCGCAACGGUACAAACCGAAAGCGGCCCCCGUGCAGGCAUCUACAUCUGCGCCUGCACCGCCGUCGCCGCAAAGACUAAAAGUACCAAGAAGCGCUGCUGUAGUCGUGACGCUCACCGAAGCGGCCAUCACGAAGGGGCUGACGUACAGCGGCAUCCUUAGGGAAGCGAAGUCAAAGAUCGACUUAAAGGAGGUGAUAGGCGUCGAAGCGGUGCAAUUCCGUCGGGCGGUGACCGGUGCCACUAUCAUCCGCAUCCCCGGCGCCACUAGCGCCCCUAAGGCAGAUAUCUUGGCACAAAAACUCCAAGAACUUUACCAGGACGACAACAUCAAGGUCUCCAGACCGGAGAAAUUAAUCGAUGUUAAGAUCGAAGGUCUGGACGACUCGACGACACCUGAGGAGGUAAAAGCAGCAAUCAUUCGGAAAGCAGCAUGUGCGGGCGACCAAAUUAAAACUGGCCGACUCCGCCAGAACAGGUCAGGGCUAUAUGACAUCUGGGCCCAGGUCCCUGUGGCAGCAGCGAAGAAGCUGACGACGGGCCGUUUCUUGGUGGGCUGGGUGGCCGCAAAAGUCACCAUCGGCAGACCCAGGGAGCUGCGCUGCUAUCGCUGCCUGCAGCAGGGGCAUGUGGCCAGCCGCUGCGAUGCGGAGGAUCGCAGUCGGGCCUGCUACCAAUGUGGUCAGGAGGGUCACAAAGCUGCGUCCUGUCCGUCGCAACCAAACUGCAUCCUGUGCAAAGCGGCGGGUAAGGACGCCAAACACCGGUUGGGAAGUGUCAAAUGCUCGGCACCCAAAAGAUCGGUCCCAAGAAGAGCACUAGUUAAUGUAGCGAACAAUGCGCCCCCACCGAGCGGGGAAGAAAUGGAAGUAGUGGAAGUCGCUCAAGAUUGA